CAAAGCCAGGCUGAGAGAGGAAGGUUGAUGCGGAGAACUGACCUAAACCGUGUCUCGGGCCCUUACCACGCUCACCAGGGACGGGAACCAGGGGCACACUAGUCAAAAGCCAUUCCCCAGCAGCCACAGCAGGGAGGUCGUUGCAUGUGGCUUCUCUCGGCCCAGUAAGCGUGAUGGGGGAGAUCGAGCUGGGUGCGGCAGCAGAGGCCACCAUCCAAGCUUACAAGGAACUGGCCACCGACCCCACAAAGAGAGUCGCCCUAGCAUUGGACCGCACAUGCAUCCAGUUCCUUGCCUACGUGGUGGCGGAGGGGGAGGGGACCCUGGUGGACCUGGCAGUGGAGACUCUGGCACUCAUUGCUCAGGCUAAGGAGUGCCGCCCAUCACUUGCUAACACUUUCGGUGUGCUCGAGGCCCUGCAGAGUGUUACUGAGGACGAGGAGAGGUACAGUGAGGAGCUCAGGGAGAAGGCGGCCGGACUCUUCACCAGCCUGCAGUUUGCCAAGCACGUCAAGGAACAAAAGCCUAAAGAAUCCACUGGCGCAUCCUCCUCCACCUCCUCCAGCGCUCCCUCCUCCACCUCCAGCGCUCCCUCCUCCACUCCCUCCACUGCCUCCCCAUCCACCACCAAGCAGGAUGAAGUCGACUCCACUGCAAAAGAAGCGGAAGAAGUGGAGGACAAGAAGCCGGAGAAAGUGGAGAAUGUUGCCAAUAAGGUGGAAGAUAAGGAAAGUCAAGCCAAGUCCUCGGUGGAGAAGAGAGACAGCUUCCUCGGCAUUCACAACUCCAAGGCCAAGGUUGUGACUCUGUUUAUCAAGGGAAUGGUCAACCAGGAGCACCGCCAGAGGGUUGAGGAGGAGCUGGUGAGGGUGAGGGGUCUUAUAAGCAUUGUGUUUGACCUGACCCACUCCCGUGUGACCUGCCGAGUGAAGAGGGACCUGUCUGUGGAGAAACUGGCUGCUGCUGUGGCCCGCACUGAGACCCUCGCAGCACACCAGGUCACCACCAAUGACAGGGGAGAGGAGGAGAUCAUACCACUGGGCAAGACUCCGACAGACUCCACUACCACCUCCCCAGUAGAGGACCUCCCUGACUACCUGCCGGAGGAGGACUUCGACAUCAAGGACGCCCACUCUGCAAUGGCUCCUAGUGGAUCUUUCAUGGAGACCGCCACCACCUGGAUCUCGAGCGCCUCCAGUUUUCUGCAGAAGUCCUUUUAUUGGUGACUGUGUGCCCUGUAGGAUCUGUAGGAAGGAUCUGAGGGAGCUGUAGGAUGUCUGGCCCACACUGCGUCACUUUCCUGAGGUUGUGGUGGAGUGUGGUGGUGUGUGGUGGUGUUAAGGCAUGUGGUGAGGUGCUGGUCUGCCCCAUGGUAUUCAAAUCUGUUUUUUUUUUUCUUUUUUUUCUUUUUUUUUGAGGGGGAUUUUUUUUUCUUUUCCUGCUUUUUUACAAAUUUUCUUUUUCAUUUUUUUCUUCAUCUUUUCUUCCUUUUCCUUGCCCUUUUCUUCUGUUUUUUUCCUUUUUCUGUUUUAUUACAUUCUUUUUUUCUUUUUUCUUCCUUUUCCUUUUCCUUGUUUUUCGUUUUUUCUAUUUUUUUUCUUUUCUCGUUUUCAAGUGGGACAAUUUACACAGUGUCUGAAUGAGGUAUUAAUUCAAGGUGUGGUUAAGGACACUGCACCACCAUUAGUGUCCCAUUACAGAUGCAGUGAAAGAUUCUAAGUGAGGUGUGCCCUAAUGAGGUUUUGGUACAGGUGUGUGUAGAAUAUUUUGGCUCCAUCUUGCAUCUGUUGGUGUCCUAAAUUGGAGUAUGGUGAUUUUAGGACAUUUUUAUACUUUUUUUCCUCAUUAUUCCCUUUAAAGGUGUCCUAAUAAGGUUUUUUCAGUGCUCAGUGUAGUUAGGUUAGGACAUCUCAAUCCUAAUUAUGUUCUGUAAUGAUGCCUUAAAUUGGGGGAAGAUUGUUUUUAGGGCAUUUUUAUCUUGAUUGCAUCCUUUAAAAGUGUCCUAAGUGGGUAAUGGGAUUUUGUUCUUGUGUUUAGUGCAGCUCGAACCCUAAUUGUGCCCUGUAAUGAUGUGCUAAAUUAGGAAAAGAUUGUUUUUAAGGCAUUUUUUAUCCCAACUGCUCUCUUUAAAAGUGUCCUAAUUAGGUAAUGGGACUUUGGCAGUGUGUUUAGGGCAUGUCAGUCCCAAUGGUGCCCUAAAUUUGGGGUAUGGUCAUAUUUUUAGGGCAUUUUUAUCCACAGUGCUUUUUUCAGGGUGUCCUAAAUUGGGUUGUGAUUGAUUUUAGGGCAUACAAUCCCAGUCAUCCUCUCUCAAGGUGUCCUAAUGGCUAAUGGGAUUAUAAUUAAGGUGUUGGGACAUUUCAUUGCCUCCCAGCGGUGUCCAAAUAGUGUUACGGCAGUGGUGUUGCAUGGGGGUGUCUGCUGGUGUAGAGUUAAGGUGUUUGGGGGUGUUUGGGACAUUGUGUCGUGUCCCAGAGGUGUCACAAGUUGAGUUCAUAUUUUUGACAUAUCCGACCUCAUGAUGUUAUUUGGUGGUGUCCAAGGGAGGGCAUGUUUGGUACGUUUGUAGUGGUGUUGUGGGGUGUUGAUUUAGAGGGGUGUUCUAAUGUGGGGAACAGUUUAUUUGGGACAUUCCAUACUUGUGUCCCACAAUUGUAUUGAAAUGUGGUGAUGGGUAGUGGGUAUGGUGCAUUUAUGGGGUGGUAUGGGACGUGGAACUGGAGAAGUGUCCCAUACAAGAAGCUCUAAUGUGGGAGGUCAGUUUCUUUGGGACAUUCUUUGCUUGUGUCCCGUAAUUGUACUGAAAUGGGUAAUGGGUGUAUGGUGCACUUAUGGGUGUUUUAUGGGGGCCAGAACAAGAGAGGUGCCCCAUACAAGAAGUCUUAAUGUGGGGGUCAGUUUAUUUGGGACAUUCUAUACUUCUGUCCCAAAAUUGUAUUGAAAUGUGUAUGGUGGUAUGGUGCACCUAUGGCAGUGUUGGGGUGUCAUGUAGAGGUGCCCUAAUGGAGUGUGAGAUAUCUGGGACAUUCUCUAUCUCUUUGUCCCCAAAAAAUGUAUUGAAAUGGGCUUAUGGAAUUUUUGCAAUGGGAAGAAAUGUUUAAAAGAUCCCAAAACUUAUCAAUUUUUUAUGCAUUGUUUUUGGGACUGUAUAGAUGGUGUGAAAACAGUCAUUACAUUUAUACUCAUAUUUAACAUGUCUUAAGUGAUUUUGUGGUAGAUGCACUUAAGUAUUUCAGCAAGUGACGCUUUCAAGAGCAUUUGUGUCCCUUCAGUGUUGGUCUUUAAAACAAGCAUUAUUUUUUGUCGCUUAAAACUCACAUAUGCUUAACGUAACUCCAUUUAAGUGUUGUUUUAAAGGAAUACUUACAAAUGAUAAGUGGAAACAGUAACCAUUAUGUUCACUUAAUACUCCUACACUUAAAAGAAUAACUCCAUAAGUGUUUUGGAAAAGAAUAUUUGUGUCUUAAGUAAUAAGUAAGAAACAGCUAUUAUAUAUAUAUCUAAAACCAGUGAUAUGGAAGAUAAACACACUAUAUUCACUCACCCAUACAGGAAUAACAGUCUGUCUACACACCAGGCCAGCAGUCCCACUCAGGACACCACACACACACACACACACACACACACACACACACACACACACACACACACACACACACACACACACACACACACACACACACACACACACACACACACACACACACACACACACACACACACACACACACACACACACACACACACACACACACACACACACACACACACACACACACAUUCCCGUCAGCCCCUGUUGGAAAGGACAGUCUCGUUUACCACCCUGCCACACUCCAGGAGCUUAGGCACACCACGGCUGGCCACACACACCCACAGCAAAGCCCAUUUCUUGAGUGAUAAGCAUAAAAACAGCUUAUAUCUAUACUUAAAGCUAUGAGUGAUAUGUAAGAUACUAUAUACACUUGCUAAUACAGAAAUAGUAAUGCUAUGUAUGCUACGCUGUUGUAUGCACCAAAAGACUGAACAUUUUUAGCUAUGUGAGGGAAAAAAACGUAUUUAUUUAUUUAUUUUUUUCUUGAGGCUUCUACAUAAAGCACACCUCCCAUGCUUUUGUUCAGUUUCCCAUCACCGUUUCCCAUCAGUAUUGUUCCCCCUUUAUCAACUACUUCCCUUUAUUCUUCUCCCCUCAACUUUAUAUCUGACUCCUUAUUUUUUUGUUCUCUUUCCUCCUUUUUCUCUCAUGCACUCCUUUAUUCUUUCUCCUGUUUUGCAUCAUCUGUAAAUUAUUAUUGUGUUCCUUUGUCUCCCUUUCUCAUUAGUCUCCCUAUAUCAGCUACCCAUGUCAUUUUAUACCCUGCCAAUUCUAGCCACCUCUGUCAUUCACCCUGCUAACACUAGUCACCCCUAUCACCUCAUCAUGCCAAUCCCAGCUGCCCCUGCCAUUCACCCUGCCAAUCCAACCUAUCCCUGUCAUUUUUAUCUUGCCAAUUCUAGCUACCCCUGUCAUUCACCCUACCAACACUUGUCACCCCUGUCAUCUCAUCUUGUCAAUCCUAGCUACUCCUGUCAUCUCAAACCUUGCCAAUCCUACCUAACCCUGUCAUCUUGCCAAUCAUAGCUACCCCUUCCAUUCAUCCUGCCUAUUCAACCUACCCCUGUCCUCUCAAACCUUGCCAAUCCUAGCUAUCCCUGUCACUCCACCCUGCCAGCACACGCCACCCUGUUAUCAUAGACCUUUCCAUUUCUCUCUAUGAAGUGACCCUAUCACUCUACACCAUGCCAACCCUAUCCACCCUUGUCAACCCACACCCUGCCAGCACAUACCUUUGUCUUAGUGGUGUAACAGGGGCUCUGGCAGAGAAAGAAAAGGGUGAUCCAUAUUUAAGAAGUGUUUUAAAAUAUCCCUGUACACCCUGCCAUCUCUGCCACCCUUGUCAUCUGCACCCUGUCACCUCCCUUGCCAUCCUUGUCAUCUUACAUCCUGUCGACACUUACCCUUGUCUCUACACUACCAUACCCAUUACUAGCCCUGCCAUAUAUAUCCUGCCAACACUACCAUCAUCUUUCCACCCUACCAUGUUUUCCCAGCCCUGUUCCCUGUUUCCUGUAUCCUCACCUUGUCUAGAUCUUUUUCCAUCAUUCAUCUGCCCUAAUCUUGUCAAAACUUCCCUUUCUUUUGUAAUUUCUGUGUCUUAAACUUACCAGAAUCUCUUUUUAUGUCCUUAUCUUAUCUAGACCUCUGAUCUUUUACCUGCCCUGUGUCCUAAUUUUGUCUAGACCUGUUUUUUCAUCAUUCUUGUGCCUGAAACUUACCAAAAUCUCUCUCUCUCUGUCCUCAUCUUAUUCAGACUUCCCAUCUUUUACCUGCCCUGUGCCCUGAUAUCUAGACCUGUUCUUUCAUUAUUCUUGUGUCCGAAACUUACCAAAAUCUUCCCAUGUAUCUUCAUCUUAUCUUUUACCCUUUUUUCACCUGUCCUGUGUCCAAACAUUACCUAUAUCCCUGUUUCACCACCAGGCUGUGUCCUCACCUUGUCAAGCCCUCUUCUUAUCACCUUCCCUUCAUCGUCCCCCUCAUCAUACGAGUCACACCUGUACAUACACUCUCCGCGUUGCCUUGUAGACCUCACCACUUUGCCUAGUAUACAUAAAUAUACAUAUAUAUACAUACUUUAACUGUAAGCAACGUGAAUUAAUUGCUUUCCUUGUUUAUUUGUUUGUGUGUUCGCCGCUAAUCCGCGAAGCCAUCGGGUGAUUUAACCGUUCGGAAAGUGUAUUUUUGAUGUUAAUUGCCUCGUUCGGUAGUUAGGGACUAAUUAACCGCGACUGUGUGCCGUCUUAAGGUUGUUCGAUGCUGUAGUGUAGUGGUGACCUAGUGACCUCCAGAACUCAAAGGGAAAGGAGAGACAUUAAUACACAUGCCAAAGUAUAUUAUAACUAAAAUAGAGAGUCGUUAGUUUACAGACUGGAUGCUCAAACUUGUCCACAUCUUAUCUUGACUGGUUUUGUAAGGCUCUUGUGGAAGGAGAUGGGGUUUUCAAGGGUGUUUUUUGUGGUUUUAGGGGAAGUUAUUGGGGUUUUCAAAGGUGUUUUUGUGGUGUUCAUUGGGGUUUUCAUGGUUCUAGUGGAAGUUAUUGGGGUUUUCAAGGGUGUUUUUGUGGUUCUUGCAAAGUUAUUGGCAUUUUCAAGGGUGUUUUCAUAGUUCUAGUGGAAAUUAUUGGGAUUUUUAAGGGUGUUUUCAUGGUUUUAGUGGAAGUUAUUGGGGUUUUAAAGGUGUUUUCAUGACUUCAGCAAUAGUUUAGCAGACUCUAGUGGAAGUUAUAGGGGUUUUGAAGCAUUUUCAUAAUUCCAGUGAUAGUUCAAGAAAUAAAGAAAACAAACACCCAUGCAAACCCUGCUAAUCACCACUCCUGUAGCCUUUGAAAACAGUCGCGUUGAGAGGCGUGUUUGAGAAUCCAGCGUCCCCCCCCCCCCGCCCCCUUUGCGUCCCCCACAAGUGCACUCGCUCAAAGCUCUACAAAACAAACACUCACCCGGCUAAUGCUGUAAAGGACUCAGUAAAGGACUCAUGCAUUUAGAAACAUAUGAAGCCUCACCAAGCUUCUGCGCCUCUCAAAAUAAGGCCUUAGUAGAUCAUUUAUAAACUUUCGGGUAGAUAAGCUGGUAGAUGAAGCUUCGUUUUGAGCUUAGAGUGUUUAAAGGUAUUGUAUUAGUGUUUUUAUUCAGAAGGCAGGGAGGAAAUGGAACUGAGAAAAUGAGAAUGGAGAUUUAUGCAUUUAAAAGGAGGUGCUUAGGAUUACUGUGUGUGUGUGUGUGUGUGUGUGUGUGUGUGUGUGUGUGCAGUUUAAAUCAUGGAAUGGAAUAAGUGAUAAUACAAGUUAGAUCAGCUUAGGUUAGAUUAGGUUAAGUAAGCUUAUGCUAGAUUUGGUUAGGUUAGGUUAAGUUAGAUUAGACUAGGUUAGGUUAGAUUACAUUAGAUUUGAUUAAAUUAGAUUGUACUAAAUUUGGUUACACUGCAAUAGGUUAGAUUAGGUUUAGUCAUGUCAUGCUAGAUUAGAUUAGGUUAGGUUAAGCUAGAUUUGGUUAGGUUAGGUUACAUUAAGUUAGAUUAGGUUUGGUUAGUUUAGGUUAGGUUAGAGGGAGAACUGAGGAGAACUGACAAAAAAAAGAGAAAGAAAAGUAUUGAUUCUCUCCCUUUACAAUCUAUCAUGUGUGAAGUAAGUUUGUUCUUUCCUUCCUCUUCUUCUUCUUCUUCUUCCUCUUCUUCAUGGUUCAUUCCUUCUCCUUCACAGCCUCUCCUCCACACUUCCACCAUCCAUCAUUCCACCUUGCCUCACUCUUCCCUCCAUCAUUCAUCACAAACCUGCAGUCAUCAUCAUUUUUCAUUCUUUUUUUCCUUCCUUUAUAUUUUUUUUCUUUUUUCUUUUUUCCAUAUCGCUUAUUUUGUUUUCUUUUUUCCCUUUUCUUCCUUUUUCUUUUUUCCUUUUAUCUUUCUUUUCUUUUUCUUUUCUUCCUUUUCUUUUUCUGCCUUUCUCUUUUUCUAUUUUCUUUUUUCAUUUUUCUUUUUCUUGUUCUCUUCCUUUUUUUUUCUUUUCUCCUUUUUUUCCUUUUUCUUCUCUGUUUACUCUCUCUCUCUCUCUCUCUCUCUCUCUCUCUCUCUCUCUCUCUCUCUCUCUCUCUCUCUCUCUCUCUCUCUCUCUCUCUCUCUCUCUCUCUCUCUCUCUCUCUCUCUCUCUCUCGUCCUUCAGGCUCCAUUCCAGCUACAAAUUAUUAUUAUUUUUUAUUUUUAAUGCAGCUGCUGUUUAUUAUGAUUUUCUAUUGUGACACCUUUUUAUUAUUGUCCUCCUCCUCCUCCUCCUCCUCCUCCUUUUCCAUUUGACACAUUCUUUUCAAUCAUUAUUUUUUUUUUUUUUUAGUCUUGUAUUUUUAUUUUAUUAUUAAUUGUGCCUUUUUUUUAAUGUUCAGUAAGAUUUUGUUGUUUCUUCUCUCUCCUCCUCUUCCUCUUCUUCUUCUUCUUCUUCUUCUUCUUCUUCUUCUUCUUCUUCUUCUUCUUCUUCUUCUUCUUCUUCUUCUUCUUCUUCUUCUUCUUCUUCUUCUUCUUCUUCUUCUUCUUCUUCUUCUUUCUUUCAGUUCAUUCCGUCCAGUCAUUCCAGGUUAUUUUUAUUGUAAUUUUAUUUUUAUUAUUACUUGUAUCUUUUUUUGUGUUCCACAGUGAUGCUGUUUUUCAAUUUUUUCUUUCUUUUUUCCUCCUCUCCUUCUUCCUCUUCUUCCUUCUCCUCUUUCUUCCACUUAGCUUUUUGCAACUUUUCAUUCUUCCUUUAUUCUUUGUCCUUCUUUAUUAUUGCAUCUUUCCUUCUCAUCAUUUUACAUUACUCUCCUCAUUCUUUCUUCAUUCUCUGUCUUUCUUUACUAUCCUAUCUUUCCUUAUCAUUUCGCAUUAUUUUUUUUCUAUCCUCUAUCUUUCUUUAUUGUCAUGUUUUUCCUUCUUCAUCAUUUCACAUUGUACUUUCUCAUUCCUCUUUCCUCCCUCAUUCUUCCUUCAUUUAAUCAUCUUUUCUCUCAUCCCAGCAUUUCACAUUAAUUUCUCCCAUUCUUCCUAUCUUUCUCAUUCUCCCUUCAUUUAUCCACCUAUCUGUCAUCCCACCAUUUCCCAUCACCUUCCUUUCCUCCCUUCAUUCCUUUUCCUUCCUUUACCAUCUCCCCCUCCCUCAUCACAUCACAUUACCUUCUCACCACACUGCCUCACUGAGCACCAGCCACCCAAUGCCUCUCUUCACCUCCCUUCCUGCCACAGUUCUCAAGGCAGCCCACUAAGUCAUACCACUAAGUAUAUUUAGUGUACAUUUAAAACCACAGUUGACUUUGGUACAAUGAAUGCUGGGUGGAACACACAGUAAGGCUGAUAAAUAUAGAGAAACUGGUAAAAAUGUUAAUUACUGUUUGAAUAUUAGUUACUGAAUGGCUUUCUCUCUCUAACGACCUAAGAGAUCCCACUGUAACGGCCUUCAGAUCUGAGAAACUGCCAUAAGUUUAAGUAUUAUUGAGUUUGCUGUUUAUUGAUUAGAACGCAAGAGUUGGUGCAGGGAGCUAUCUUGCCUACACGUGGCAGUCCCUGUACAGAACAUACCUGCCUAUUUCCACCUGUCAUCCCUGUCCAUAUAUUUGUCUGAUCUUUUUAAACCUCCCUAUUGACUCAGCACUAACAGCCUGAUUACUGAGUUCAUUCUAUUCAUCCACAACUAUUUGAGAAGCAAUGCCUUCCUAUCUCUUUCUUGAACCUAGAUUUUUCAAGCUUUAAUCCAUUAUUUCUUGUUCCAUCCUGAGAAUUUUGUUUAUCAUCUUUGCCUGAUUACUGAGUCUAUUGCAGUCUAAUCUAUUCAUCGUUCUAUUAUCCAUUUGCAUAAACUUGUCUAUUUUAAUUUAUUGACUCAUCACUAACAGCCUGAUUAUUGAGUCUAUUCCACUCUAUUCAAAUCUACCUAAUUCAUCCUUCACUCUGUUACAUGACCAGUUUCUUCAUCUUUCCUGUUCUAAUCUUGUAGGUGAAGGAGAGUCACUUGUAUUGUUUCUCAGGUUAAUCAAAGCAACUUUGUAAUAUUUUUUUUUCCUCCGAAUUAAUGUUUAAGUUUUGUGUAAUGCAUUUAUUGUCACUCUUGCAUUUAAUUUACUCUGGAGAAUUAAUUGUACUUGUGUCAUCUCUCAUUCUGCAUUUAUUCCUGUGUGAUUAUUAUAUUUUUGUCAUUAAGAUUUGUUAUUUCUUUUAUAUUCUUUGAUACUGUGUGUGUGUGUGUGUAUGUGUGUGUGUGUGUGUAAGCGUGAGAUUGUGUACGGCAGAGGUUAGUCUUGCGUGCAUGCAUGACUGUAAGUGUGUGUAUGUGUGUGUUCAUGCAUACAUAUAUGUGCGCAUUUUUGUGUGUGUAGGUGUGUGUAUGUGUGUUUGUCUAGUUGUAUGUGGUGUCGAAUUUCUUUGUGUGUGCGUGUGUGUGUUUGUGAUGUAAGUGUUAAUUUUCUUUCUGCCUUUGUGUGUGUGUGUGUGUGUGUGUGAAGUGUAACAGUCAUCCUGCUUGUCACCUCAAGGACAGCUUUGUACUCAAAAGCACAGAAAAAAACAAAAUAAAAACACACAGGGGAGUGACUCGGUACAGACGGAGUAAUCUUUCCCUGGCCACCUUUCAUGACCAGCUGCUGUCUGUCAGUUUGAAGGUAACGAGGAAAUAAGAGCCAUCCAUUAUACAAAGAUAGGAAGGUGGCGGUAAUAAAGAAAAUAGUAAAUAGAUGUGAAAUAAAACUAAUAACAAAAAAGACGCACUAAAUACUGAAUUAACUCGAAUUAAAAUAGCACAACAAAUAAUAAUAAUAAAAAAAAUAAUAAUAAAUAGAUCGUAGCAAAUUGAUGAAAAAAUAAAGAAAACUAUUGAGUUCAAAGAAUUAUGAGAAAAGGACAAAGAUAAGAUGAAAAUAAGAAAAGGGACAAUGAUAAGAAUAAGGAAAAUAAAUAUAAAUACAAAAUAAAAGUUAUUACUGAAAAUCAAAACAGAAUUCAUAAAAUAAAAAUAACAAUAAAAUGAAAAAAAGGAAUACACAAAAAAUGGAAAAUAUUUUAGAAUUUCAAGACAUUAUAUGAAAAGAAAAUAUAAAUAAAUAAAUAUUCUUGUAUGAGAGAGAGAGAGAGAGAGAGAGAGAGAGAGAGAGAGAGAUUGUGAAAUACACAAUACAAAUACUACUAAUAAUGAAAAGGCAUUUAAUAGAACAUACAACUAACCGUUAUAAUAUUCAUCACUUAAUUUCUCCUCCCCCACUCAGACACACAGACAGACAGACGAACGAAGGAAAUCAAACAGACGCGUUCUCUCCUUUUGUGUAUUAUUAAUCCUUUCCUUUACUGAACAUUAUUUUUCUUUAAGCAUGUUUUUUUUUUUUUUGUCUGAUUUAUAUACAACAGUCUUCUUAAUGGUUCUUUUUACCUAUAACGGAAAAUUAACUGGUGAUCGUUUUGUUUUUUUCGUCUUUGUAAUUUUUUUACGGUGUUUUGAAUGAUGAUAAAGAAUUGAGACUACUACUACUACUACUACUACUACAAAUACGACAACAAUUGCUAUAACUACUACUACUACUACUACUACUACUACUACUAAUAAUAAUAAUAAUAAUAAUAUUGUUACCUUUCUUAGACUACUACUACUACUACUACUACUACUAGUGUUACCUUUCUUAGACUAUUACCACUACAGAAACGACAACAAUGACCUAUUACUACUACUACUAUUACUACUACUACUACUUCUACUACUUACCUGUUAAUUAAAGUAGGCACACACGGCUUGCUUACCUGGGUGACGAGGUAAAUACAGGUGUGAAGGAAUUAUUAAAGCAAAGUGUAUUAUAUUAAUAAAUUUGUACCAUUAA